CCAUAAGGGAGGUCCCGUAAUUAUGGCGAAAUCAGGGCUGGGGCUAGACCCGGGAACCACAGCUGCGUGCGCUGUGAUAAAACGGGCUGUGGAACUAGAUUCGGAGUCCAGGUAUCCGCAAGCUCUGGUUUGUUACCAAGAGGGCAUUGAUCUGCUCCUGCAAGUUUUGAAAGGUACCAAAGAUGACACAAAGAAAUAUAAUCUCAGAAAAAAAAUUUCUGACUACAUGGAUAGAGCAGAAAACAUAAAGAAAUACCUGGAUCAAGAAAAAGAAGAUGGAAAAUAUCACAAGCAAAUUAAAAUAGAAGAGAAUGCAACAGGUUUCAGUUAUGAGUCACUUUUUCAAGAAUACCUUAAUGAGACAGUUACAGAAGUUUGGAUAGAAGAUCCUUAUAUUAGGCAAACUCAUCAGCUGUAUAACUUUCUUCGCUUUUGUGAGAUGCUUAUUAAAAGACCAUGUAAAGUAACCACUAUUCAUCUUCUCACCUCUCUGGAUAAAGGCAGUGGGAAAGAAGAGCAAAGGAAUGGCCUAGAAGAAAUAAAAGAGUCACUUAGGAAUCAUGGUGUCCUUUUGGAAUUAGAAUACUCUUCUUCAAUACAUGACCGGGAAAUUAGGUUCAACAAUGGAUGGAUGAUUAAGAUUGGAAGGGGACUGGAUUAUUUUAAGAAACCACAGAGUCGUUUUUCCCUUGGAUAUUGUGAUUUUGAUUUAAGACCGUGUCACGAAACAACAGUAGACAUUUUUCAUAACAAGCACACAAAAAAAAUAUGAAUGGGCAGUGCCCUAAUCUGCAUCAUGUAUUUUCUUUUUUAAGUGACUAUUUUUUUAUACUUUGUACAAAUGAUUUUAUAAUGUAGAUAAAUAUAUGGAUUUAUCAAUAAACUUGUAUUUCUA